GUAACUGCUGGAUUGAUUCCUUCAUCAUAAAUCCUUUAUCCGCUUUAGUCUUUUCUCUGAUCAAAACAUUACGCGUUCAAUAUACUGACGAUCAAUCAAACUGAGCAAACCUUACUGUACGUGUAAUUUUUUAGCAUAUUUAUUAAUCGGGUUUCUGGACUGAUCUUUCUUCAACUCUGCAUAUAUCUCGAGUUCUUUGCGCUGUUUUACAGAGGAAGAGAGGGGGAGCGAGAUGGGGAGACUGUUUGUUGUGAAUCUUGAGGGGAAAAUCUAUAGCUGUAAGCAUUGUGGAACACAUCUUGCUCUUUCUGAGCAUGUAGAGUCCAAGGCCUUCCAGUGCAAACAUGGAAAGGCUUACCUCUUCAGACAGGUAGUUAAUAUAAUUUCCGGGAAGAAUGAAGACAGAAUGAUGACGACAGGAUUGCAUACUGUCGCAGACAUCUUCUGUGUUGGUUGUGGAUCAAUUGUUGGCUGGAAAUAUGAAACUGCUUACGAGAAGGAUCAGAAGUACAAAGAAGGGAAAUCCGUCCUUGAAAGGUAUAAGAUUUCCGGCCCCGAUGGAAACAACUACUGGAUCAAUCAUGAAGCACAUGCCGUAGGAAGUGAUGGUGAUGAUGCGUGAUCACCUUUUAGGAUCCCAUUCCAUAUUGUUCUUGUAUAUACAAUUUCUCAUAUCUGAUUAGUAUCUUUAGCUUGUCAAGUCUCUUGUAUACCCCCAAAGGAUAACCGUUUUCUGUAAGCUAUUCAUGAUACGUAUGAAUUUCAACAAGCAUUUUAUGCAUGCUUGAAUCAGUUUAUACAUUCCUAAUUAAUCAAAUUUUCU